GUUCCUUACAUAAUCACGAACAAUGAUGUCAUUUCUGCUAUAAAGCCUAUUGACUUUCAAUUCCACUCCACCAUAUCAUCAUGUCCUCUUCCACCACAGACGACGCACCCCGCCCUCCUUCAAAGACCGUCGAACCAACCAAAGUCAACACCGCACCACAACAAGCUUCCACUUCACCUGGUGACGGCGCUCAUAUUCCCGCAGACCAGAUUCGUGAUCCCUCCGAGGUCGAUUACAAUGACCCCAAUAUCAACGUGGUAGAGGUCCCUGCAGAGAAAAAACGGUCCCCCACAUUCAAAGAACAAGUAUUUGGUGAGCGUCACUCAUACAAUUCGAACAUACAAACUGACACCGCCGAUAGGUUAUGCCAAGGUAUGAUCCGCAUCGAUUGUAACUUAUUACUCGUUAAUUACCUUGCACAAUUGCACUCAGGUCAUCCGUGGAAAAGUCAGUCACUUGCUCGCCUGCUAUUGUUCUCUUGAUUUAUCUGUCUACAGGCUUUUGGUAAAACAAAUGUCAA